GGCGGCGGGAGCGCCUCCCGCGCGUGUGCUCAGCUCCCCCGCCGCGGCCGGGCCCGCCUUCUCCCUCCCUCCGCCCCCGAGCGCGGCGGCACCGCCUUCCUCCGCGCCGCGCGGCUGCCUCCAGACCUCGGCACGGUGAGCCCUGUUCCCAGAGGCAGCUGGUGCUGAUCCUGUAAUCGCAGACUGAGUUCAGCCUCGGUGAGUGAGGCAAACUGGCAAGCUUGGGCUAAGGUGCCCACCAUGUCCUUGAAGAUCCAGACAAGCAACGUAACCAACAAGAAUGACCCCAAGUCCAUCAACUCUCGGGUCUUCAUCGGAAACCUCAACACAGCUGUGGUGAAGAAGUCAGAUGUGGAGACCAUCUUCUCCAAGUAUGGCCGUGUGGCCGGCUGUUCUGUGCACAAGGGCUAUGCCUUUGUCCAGUAUGCCAACGAGCGCCAUGCCCGAGCAGCUGUGCUGGGAGAGAAUGGGCGGGUGCUGGCAGGGCAGACCCUGGACAUCAACAUGGCUGGUGAGCCCAAGCCCAACAGACCCAAGGGGUUAAAGAGAGCAGCAUCUGCCAUUUACAGCGGCUACAGCUUUGACUGUGAUUACUACCGGGAAGACUUCUACGACAGGCCAUGCUGCAGCCUCUGGCCCAUUUGCCCUCACAGGCUCUUCGACUAUCGGGGCCGCCUUUCACCGGUGCCUGUGCCCAGGGCUGUCCCUGUGAAGCGACCCCGGGUCACAGUCCCUUUGGUCCGACGUGUCAAAACCACCAUUCCAGUCAAGCUCUUUGCCCGCUCCCCAGCCAUCACCACCAGCUCAGUCAAAAUUAAGUUAAAGAGCAGUGAGCUGCAGGCCAUCAAGACAGAGCUGACACAGAUCAAGUCCAACAUUGACGCCCUGCUGGGCCGCUUGGAACAGAUUGCUGAGGAGCAGAAGGCCAACCCAGAUGGCAAGAAGAAAGGUGACAGCGGCAGCGGCAGCGGCAAUAGUGGUGGCAGCAGCCGGCCACUGGCCCCCCAAGAGGACACAACUUCUGAGGCAGGCACACCCCAGGGAGAAGCACAGGUUCGAGAUGACGGCGAUGAGGAGGGGCUGCUGACACACAGCGAGGAGGAGCUGUCUGACAGGAGCGAUGGCCAUUGGAAGGAGAAGGGUGUGCACUGUACCAGGCCUCAGGCUGGGCACACACCCCUGGAUGCCACCCCAGCAGGUCCCAGAGGAGAGUUGGCAGCAGGCACCUCAUCCCCCAUGCAUCCCAGCCAGUGCCACAUCCUGUGCAGGUGGAGUUAUCGGUCUCUCCUCCCCACGUACCCUCCCUAUUGGCACUGCCCAGGCCAGAGGGCAGAGCACAGAGUUUUCUCCACACUCUGUCCAGGACACUCCCAGGCUUGGGGUUUUUCUAUAGGUUUGGAGAGGGGUGGGGUGGGAGGCACAGGGAGGAGACCCUGACAAUAAAAAGAUUGGAUCCCAACUUGCUCUGAGA